CCCAACUCGGAAUUCGAGGUCGGGAACUCGGACCUCUUCCUCGAGUUCCGAUUUUCCGACUUGAAGAUCACUAACCUCGUGGUUUUUGUUCCCAGUUGUCUUGAAAGCACCAUAAAACGUGGACAUUAAACAUUUGCACAUGCUGAAAAUUCAUGAGCUCAAAAGUAUUAUAAGUCAUUUGCAUUUAUCAGGGAGCUUUGAAAUAUUCUGAAUUUGUAGAUAGAGUCCGAUUUCAUUGACGAAAUGUAUACUUUUUUUUUUGCCCUUAAACGAUUUAUUUUAUAUCUCGGUGUAUAACGGAAACAAACGUAAUAUUGGUAAAACGAAAGUUAGAUGAUACAAACCUCAAUGAUUUAAUGAUGGUUGAAAUGAUUUUCACCUGUGUACAUUUGAUCUAUUAGAGGACUGCAAUAAUAGUGGUGAAAGAUUAAUGCUGGAGCAUCCACUAUAAAAGGCCCUACAAUUGGGAAGUGAAGAAUGGUCAGACUUCGUUUGCUCUGCCAGAAAAACAACGAUCUAGAGAGACUUCUGUGACUCUUCUAAGAUACAAAGCGAGGGAUCCAAACUGUGUACAUUUUGAAGCCAUGAGCCGCGGAUUCAGUGAAGUUCAACGUCCCUCCACAGUGUCCUCUGUGACCGAGCCCAUGUGCGUACUCACCACAGAGUGGGUGUGGUUCUGGAAGGACGAGUACGGCAAAUGGAUCCAGUACGCAUCCAUCAAAGAGAUGCACAGAUUGUCGUCCAUCACCAGUGAAGACCUUGAGAAAAGGUUCCAGGAGGAUCACAGUGCUGUGGUGAAGUUCACUGCAGGCCAGCAGUCUUAUGAGCUGAGUUUCAGAGACAUGACGCAAAAAAACAAAAGAUACGGUACUGUAAGGAUGGUCAGGCGUCGUCCUGUGUUUGUUUCAACUGCAGACAGCAGGACAAAUAGAACAUACAAUUCCUCUCAGAAUUUCAGAGAUGUUCCUGGAUUUUGGGACAAGUCUGCCAUACCUGACAUUGGAUAUAAGACAGUCACUCUUCUGAGUUCUGACAGGGACUAUCAGAAGGUCCAGAGACUUUUCAACAAGACCAUGAGAGGCUUCCAGAUCACCAGCAUCGAGAUGGUCCAAAACAGGGACCUCUGGGAAGUCUUCCAGUGGAAAAGAGAUUUGAUGAAGAAAAACAAUGGGGGUAGAAACAGCAAGGAGCUACAUCUCUUCCACGGAACGGACCCAAAACACGUAGAGGCCAUUUGCAGAGAUAACUUCGACUGGAGGCUGUGUGGAACCAAUGGAACUACGUAUGGCGAAGGGAGUUACUUUGCCAGGGAUGCCAAGUACUCACACAGCUUCACCAGCCACUCAGGAGUGAGGUCCAUGUUUGUUUGUUGGGUGCUUGUUGGUGACUACACACAAGGGAAGUCGGACCUCCGUCGCCCCCCUCCAAAAGGCGAGGGAAAUCCCACUUUCUAUGACAGCUGUGUGGACAAUGUCCUGAACCCAUCCAUAUAUGUGGUGUUUGAAAAGCACCAGGUGUACCCCGAGUUCCUCAUCAGAUAUGAUGAUGGCGUCAUGCACUUGUCCUCUUCGGCUCCAGCUCCACCAAAAACUGUCUCUAUCCAAUCCACUUACAUAGUCCAAUACCCAGCAUCCAACCAGAUUCAAGCAGCAGCUUCUGUUACGCUGCAAAACUCUCGAGUUCCAUCCACUUCCACUUUGAGUCCAUCUCAAGCAGCCACCACUUUCUCUAAUCCAACCAAUUCUCUUCCCCCGUCACGUCUCCCAAAACCUGCCCGAACCAAAUUGGGAUUCAGUCAAUCUGCAGUCAUCAUGAAGCCAGCCCCAAGUUCUCAAUUGGUGGAUACCACCCUAGGCCAAGCUAAUUGGUCUUACACUCCCUCAUUCAGCAAACUCCCUCAUAAACUCAUUACCCAAGCCAGCGCCCCCCUCGUACACCCACUACCCCACCCAGCACCCCCUCUUGUACACCCACUACCCCAGCCAGUAUCCCCUCUUGUACACUCCCUACCCCAUCCAGUACCCCCUCUUACAUACUACCUACCCCAGCCAGUACCCUAUCUUAUACACGCGUUACCCCAGCCAGUACCCCCAGUACCCUCUCGUACAACCAGUAACCCCUCUCGUACAACCACUACCCCAGCUAGUACCCCCUCUCGUACACUCACUACCCCCUCUCGUACACCCACUACCCCAGCCAGUACCCCCUCUCGUACAACUACUACCCCAGCUAGUACCCCCUCUCGUACACCCACAACCCCAGCCAGUACCCCCUCUCGUACACCCGCAACCCCAGCCAGUACCCCCUCUCGUACACCCAGUACCCCCUCUCGUACACCCACAACCCCAGCCAGUACCCCCUCUCGUACACCCAGUACCCCCUCUCGUACAUCCACAACCCCAGCCAGUACCCCCUUUCGUACACCCAGUACCCCCUCUCGUACACCCACAACCCCAGCCAGUACCCCCUUUCGUACACCCAGUACCCCCUCUCGUACACCCACAACCCCAGCCAGUACCCCCUUUCGUACACCCAGUACCCCCUCUCAUACACCCACAACCCCAGCCAGUACCCCUUUCGUACACCCAGUACCCCUCUCAUACACCCACAACCCCAGCCAGUACCCCGUUUUAUGCACCCACUAGGCCACCCAGCAUCCCCUCUCGCACACUUACUCCUUCAGCCAGUGCCCCCUCUCGCACACUUACUCCCUCAGCCAGUGCCCCCUCUCACACACUCAUUACCCCUGGCACUGCCCACACUCGCUCAAGCAACCCCUUUCGCACACUCACUACCCCUGCCAGCCUCCCUUCUCGCACACUUUCCCGUUCAACUGACACAUCCUCUCAGGCUCACACUCUCUCUGCCAGUAUUACCUCUCACCCACUAUCCCCUUCAUCCUCAUUGAGCACACCUUACCACACACUUUCUCACUCAUCAUACACCCACACUUACACAGACUCCUCCACACUCUCAGGGUUUCACCACUCCACAUCGAGCACUACUUCUGACACAUCUACUACUAUCACAUCAUCUAGAGUGCAGGAGUUAAUUAAACAAUUUGGUGGUCAAAGUUCAACCUGUUGAAAAUGUGUAAUGUUUCUGAAUAAUUGCAGUUUCAUGUCAAAUAUGCAUAGUUGGUGUGUUAAACCCUUGCAACAAACAAGAAUGAUGUUCAACACAGCAGGUUGGUGGCACCUUGGGGAGAACGGUCUCGUGUGAAUGACAGGAGCAGAAUAGGUGGAAUGGUAUCAAACAGUUUCCAGGUGUUUGAUGCCAUUCCAUUAUUAUGAGCCAUUCUCCCCUCAGCAGCCUCCUGUGAUGUUCAACUAGUACAAAGGAAUAUGAUGAGCAUGUUUCCUUUACUCUGGGACUUCUGUUCUGCUGACACAUUUUGUAAAGUAGUUGGAUUUCUGUGUAUUGAUAGAGGAAAAUAUAGUUUAGAUAAUCAAUUAUGUAUACAUUAAUGAUUAGAACCAUUCAUGCUAAUACUUGUUAUGAUUUGAAAAGUAUGGGUUCUUAAUUGUACUGUUACUGAAAAUGUAAGCAGAAAUGAGUUGUGUCUGUGUCUACUGGGAAGGUUAGGGAGGGAUGCUGUGGCUUUUCAGAAAGAUAAGAAAUGCCUGGGGAAAUGUUCCAUUCCUAAAACAAUGGGUUCUUGUGAGAAUCAGAGAGAGGGUGUAACUGAUGACGUCAUUUUAUGUCUUCUUUAGAUUUAAAAUGUAAUGUUCUUUGUAUUUUGGGUCAGUACUCAUCAAGAAUAAAUGCUGAACUUGUUAA